GCCUUGGGCAUACCUUUCACUGCAGUGGCUGCCGCAGAGAAGCAGCCAGAGUACAGGCGUGUGAUUCAGGCCAAUCAUGGUUCCCGGCUGCAGCACUUGUAUGAGACCUUGGAAGAUAUGCUAGAGGGGCGCCCCUGUACGAAGCAUGCAGAUUGCGAGCAUUGCCGCAUUGAUGCGGUAGGCAACAUCAGUUUGGCCCUCACUGGCAGCCCCUGCAAUCCAUUCUCGAAACAACGAGCAAAACGCUUUCGUGACCAAUCAGUGCAGCUUCACCACAUGACAGAGACCACCAUGUCGGGCGUUGUUGGGCUCUAUCGAAAGUGGGAACCUCGUGCAGCUAUCAUGGAGCAAGUCCGUGGUUUCGACAUGAAGACCAGCCAAGCAGAUUUGGAGUUUCUGAAGACCAUGGCGUCCCAGACCUGGAAACACGGCGGGUAUUGGGUUGCCAAGCUGCUUCUGGAUGCAUCUGAUUGGAUCCACAUCAGCCGCCCAAGGACUGCCGCAGGGCAUGUACCCCCCUCGCAACAAAGCGACAUGGCUGAUGGUCCAGCCGCCGCCAACUUAGACGUGAGUUCCCUAAUCGAUGGCCUGCUCGACGUGGACGCUUUGGAUGAGGCUGACGGCUGUGACAGCCAGCCAGAUGAUGUGGCUGCGCAACUGGUGCCUGCACAGCCAAGGUCUUUAGAAGCAGAUGAGUUAAUGGGGCUCGUAGACGACUUGAUGCCUGCAGUUCCUGAAGAAUCGUUUCGGCCAGCUGCGAAUCCUGAUCUACGUGAUAUCUUUGGCCCACGAGCCGCAUUGUCUCAGCUGGGGGGCUGCUUUCAGAAGCAGAUUUUCCAGCGCUACUGUGCUGCUACAGCGGGACACCCUCAUCAGAGGCCAAAGCUGCGGAAAGCCGUGGUGGCGGUGACUGAUUGCCUGGUUCGUUCUGCAAAGCACUGGUCAAUGACAGUGGUGCAAGAUGUGUCCGACACUUCACGUCGCUCACUGCAGCGAACACUUCUUCAGCUCGCAGCAGCAUUGCUGCAUGGUGGGUGCUGGCUCGUAGGAGCCAUGCUGGGAAUGUGUUCUAGGUGGUUUAAGUUCAACAGGAUGCAACCAGUUAUGGCUGUGAGCAAAUUCCGAUACGACGAGACUCCUCUGCGCAUGAGACUUCAUGAGGUGCAGCAGUUCAUUCCUGAUUUUGUGGACCGCGAUGGGCACUUAAAAGAGUCCUACAAGUACAUCAAGAUUUUACGAAUCGACUGGACCAUCGGCUUGUUGAUGUAUGAUCUUGCCACAUGUGGCCACAGACUGAUGACAGUGGACGUUCCGGUGACAAUGGUUCCUCUGGAACGGACAACAGCAGAAACACAAGCCGCCGCGAUUCAGGCAGCAAUGGAUCGUGUUCCAGAUCUCGAUCGGCAACUGUCGGUCUACCCCGAGCAGGUGCGUUUGGCUUGCAUCGACAGAUACGCUGCCAAUCUGAAGGCUGAAGAUUCUUUCAAGUGUUCGCAACCGAAGAUGAUCCGCACAAUAUUUCCAUGCGACGUUCAUAAGGCAUCGGCCGUGAUCCAAAAAAGCCUUCGACCUUUCGAAGAGGUGACAUCGGGCUUGGUUCAUACCGGGCUGAGCAUGGAAGGCGGUGGAUCGCUGGCAGUGCUGAGGCAAGUCCUGCAGGACGUGUUCGAGAAGGAGCUUAUCGUGGAACAUUCUCCGGCACCAGGCGGCUCCAUCCGAAAUCACACAAGGCAAAUACUGGAUCUUUUUUGUCCGGUUCACCCUGGUGCUUCCUCGCCCCUGAAGAACCAGCAGCGGCAGUUCAUCUUGCAGUAUUACUGCAACAGCGACAUCACCCAAGACCGCAUAGUCCAUCAUUGCAGCUUUUCGUGCUGUAGCAGCAGGCAGGAAACGGCAGAUCGUUUCGCUACAACAGUGGUGCUUGCCUUCCUGCCACGAAAGUGCCCGAUGCUCAAGAGGAAGAGCUGGACUGAUGCAGAGCAAUCCAUGGAGUGGGCGGGGUUGCUACAAUCAUUCUGGUGCCUCUUCACCAAGAUCAUGGUGAAAUUCACUGGAUCAGCGACAGCCGCUCCAGUGGCAAAUGCAUCCAGGGAUGAUGAGGACGAGGCGGAAAAUUUUGCCGAAGCCGCGCAUCCAGAUGCUGCAGCCACGGAUGUUUUGGAAUUGGUAGAUGGCAUCCUGGCACAGGGCUCCGGUGUGGGUGAGGCUGAGACCGGGGAUCACGAUGAGGCCGCAGCACCUGUGCUGCCAGACGGUGAGGUCGAUUGGCACGAGCUGCAACUGCGACGCAAGAGGAAAGCCGGUGUUUUCGCAUGUCGUGCGUCUCUCAUGGAGAGACUCGUUUGUGCCAGGCAUGUGGCUGAGCCGACACGAAAGCUUAUGGGGCGACUCUUGCAAAUUUCUGGGGAGGAGUGGGAAACUCAGCAGCAACGGCAGGCCCAGAGAGGUGAGCCGCGAACGUACCGGCUGCUCGAAUCGGCUCGCGGCAACCUCGUGGAUCAAGUGGUGCAGGACAUCCGUGCUAUGUUACCCGACAUCCCUGCCGGAUUACCAGUGUGUUGUCACACACGGCGGGCCCGUGGACUGUUUUUUGCCGGCCUUUCUGCGGCCCUGUGCAACCUUGACUUGUACCUUGGCAGAGCUCACCGAGGGUUUCCGUACGCCCUGUUUCGGGCAGUGGAUACCAGCACAUCGGACGCGGACAAACAAAAACUGUUAGACCGCCCACCAUGCAUGCGGGACGAGUUUUCGGACAAGUUCCUGAAGAAGCACAACACUCCUGCAGCUAUGUCAUCACAGCGUGCUCGCGCAGUGUUGGAAACGGUGUGUCUCCUGGCAGACACAGAUGUGGCGCAGGUGGAAGCAGGACAUGCGGCUGUUCGCGAUUUUACACUACAGAAGGGCAGAGGACAUGUGCCGACACUGUCAGAGGUGAGUGCCAAGAGCCUUUGCAGAUGGAUUAACAAACACCACGGGAAGCCUACGGAAUCGGCCAAGAAGGAGAAGGUGCCCAAACGUCGCCGAGCCAUCAGUGCUUAUGUGGCCUUUCUAUCUGAGAAAAUGCGCGGCCAACGCUUCCAUGGGUCAUCUCAACGAGCUUUUGCUCAAGAGUACAGGCAGCUGACUCCAGAUGAAAGGGAGAAAUGGCGGGAGGAAGCACUGCGCUUGACUUUGGUCAAGAGGUAUGCCGCUGAGGAGUCUCAGUUGCAAGUCGUGCCACUACGUGCCAGCCUGGGGAACAUGACAGUCGCGGAGGUUCUGCAGACAGACUGUUUGGUAACCCAGAUGCCUGCGUCCAACUUCCAAGGCAGGCUGCGAGCCUUCUGCGACAAAGUGAAUGCCGAUGCCCGUGCAGCCAGGGAAGCGGCAGCUAGCAAGAAAGUCCCGGUUCGACCCGGUUUCGAUUUGGUCGAAAGAGAUGCAGGCCUGGCCAAUGCGAUGGUUCGGUACGGUGGAGAAGGCAUUCUGGAUGGUGCCAUGGAGAUACCAAUGCCGCUGGGUUCCCAUUUGACACGGUACUGCUGGCGCAUGCCUGUUCUUCCGCUGGCCGAGGACGUGCUUGCGAACGCUGGGCUGGAAGCAGGGGGUAUCGCCUUGCCUGCGUUCGAGGAUCGCUGGCAGAAAGACCACAACAUUGUGCAGCACGACAAGCAGCAACCCAUCCAGGUGGAUAAGACCAAACUGUUUCAGGAGGAGCCGUGCUUGAAACUGGGUUUCUGUGUGUGCAAGAAAGAACAACAUCAGAAGAUGAACAAGGCUCUGAUCCAAGCCAUGAAGACGUUCUUCCAGAAAGUGAACAAGGUUGCGACGCCUCAACGUCGCCUUUUGGAGGACUGGCGUGUGGUUCUCCACCUGUGCAGUGUUGGUGGGGCCGAGGAAUCCACAGAGCUGUUUCUGCACCUAGGGGCCUCUAAUCUGCGAACAUGGGAGUUUGUGUGCUUGCGGCUGGAGGAAGACGCAAGGGAGGAAACGUGCCUCACCCUUCGUGUUUGCGGCUGUGAUGCAACUGAAGUUUUGGAGGUCAAGAGCUUACUGCACUUCCUGGCGACCUACCUGGACCCAAACCGGCCAUGCAGAGCUCAUUUCAUGAAGGUUUGUUCAGACGGCAAAGCAGUUGCUGUUGACAGGAUGAUGCCAAUGUAUGUGGACGUGGAAAGUUUGCAGCCGCCGGUUCAGUUCUGGAACGGGCCAAGCAGAAAACGACCUGCGGCUCCUAUGGAAGAGCAUGGGCGUGAUGAGGAGGAGGAGAAGGAGGAUGAAGACAUGUUGCCGGAUGAAGAAGCAGCGCAGCAGGACAACGACGAGUCUGACAAAGAGCAGGAGCUGAAUGACAGUGAUCUUGACAUGGAUCUCGACGAGGUUUAUGCCUUUGCAGAAGAAGCUGCGCAGGCAAAUUUGCAGGCCGAAGACGCUGGGUCGGAUGAUGAUGAGGACCUCUGGAGAGCAUUGGAUGACCUCGUGGCUGUUCAGGCAGCUGCCGGGGAUGGAGGCGAAGGUGGCCAGCUGCAGCCGGGCGGAGGCGAAGAGCCGGAGGUGCCGCGCGCUGCUGACGACGGUGCCCGUCCUGGUAGACGUCCUCGGCGCGAGGCGUCUCAUCCGGAUGAUCCCAGACCCGCACGAGCACCAGCGGCUGGGCGAGCGCCGCGGCAAGCCGAGAUUGUCUUUGACAUGAAGGACUUUGGUCUCGACGCUGAGAUCCGUUUCAAUGCCAAAGGUUUUUUGCGGGCACAUUGCAAGUGUCCGGGACAUGGGCAGUCCUGCAGACGCCAGCGACAGACCACUGCAGGCCGUGCAGGAGCAGGACGCCCCGUCGGAUCUCUCAUCACUUGGUUGAGGUCUGCAGACCAAGCGAGCAACCAGGCAGAGCAUGUGGCGAUGGGCACAGAGACGCACGCUGCCCGUUCGGAGGCACGUGCUUGGUUCGAGGGCCUUGCCGGAUCCAAUGUGAUUUUAGAUUUGGAGCGUCCUCGUGGGCCACAGGAGCCCGCAGAGCCCAGGACUCUUCCAUAG